GCGUUCCCGGCAUGCUGCGCGCUGCCUAGCAACGGUCCAAUUUGAAAGGCCUUUAGGAGGUGGUGAUGGGCGCCUCCCGCAUGGACGCCGCCCAGCUGCCCUCCGCCCUGCGGCUCUACCGCCUGCAAGACCGCAUCGCCACCUACAAGAACUGGCCCUUCACCGAGGGCUGCUCCUGCACCCCGGAGCGGAUGGCCGCAGCCGGGUUCCUGCACUGCCCAAGCGAGAACGGGCCGGACGUGGCACAGUGUUUCUUCUGCUUCAAGGAGCUGGAGGGCUGGGAGCCCGACGACGACCCCCUACAGGAACACAAGAAUCACUCCCCUGGCUGUGCCUUCGUCGCGCUCAAGAAGAAGAUCGAAGACCUGACCGUGCAGGAGUUCCUGAAGCUGGACAAGCAGAGAGCGAAAAACCUGAUUCAAAAGGAAACCUCCCAGAAGAGAGCCACGUUCGAAGAGAAGGCCAAGAAAGUGCGCAGCGCCAUCGAACAGCUGGGCUCCUCGGCGGCGAAUGCUUGUGAAAUCACCCAACCCUUCCGAGUCGAGCCCCGAAUGAAGCAAGCAGCAGAGCCUUUCUCGCGUGUCCUUUAAUAGUGAACAUUUUAUAGAUUUCCAAACUCACAAUGGAAUUGAAAAGAGCAGCCAGCCUGGUGAGAAGGAUUUUUUUUCCCCUCCCGCCCUUUCCUCCCCCAUCUUAAUCCUUUCCAAGGAUCUGGAGCAGAUGUUGGCACAGCACACGGUCUUGCCUGGCUCACGCGUCUCUAGUUGCAGCCCGAUCUUAGUAGGAUUCAAUGGUGUCUUUAUUCUGUAUAUAUGUAUAUUUUGGGGGGGUUGGGAGGGAGGGAGGCGACGCUAACAGUAGGAUUAUAAGUGUGGACUGCCCAGCCCCUCUCAUUGAGGCAGAGAAGGCUUCUCGGAGGAGGUGACCCCCGAUCAGGGGUUUCAAGGCGCCAGCUGUGUGUCGUCUGAGGUGACAGUUGACGGGGACGAGGACAGCGACGGAAGCAGCGUGCCAUCUCUCUCGCUCUUUCUGGGGGGCGGGGGGCGGCCAGCGCACCUCCUCUGCUCUCUUUCCUCGAGGAAGAAGAGGCGGCCCCCAUCGCAGCCGGCCCUGGCCAUCUCUCCCCGGCCCGAGAGUCGAGGUGUGAGCUUCUCCACCCUCCGUCACCCCGGGUUUCCAUUGCUCCCCCGGGGAACCAAGCUGACCCGCGGGCCUUGGGAUCCCCGGGGGCGGUGAUGGUCCGGUCAAGAAAGCGGAAUCGAGGGUGGGCGGGCUUUUUGAUGCGAAACGGGCACCGUUGGACCCCUGGAAGACCCCUCCAUGCCCGGUGGGAGAAGCCUCGCCCGUCUCUGGGCCACCUUCCCAGGGCAGGGCUGGCCGAAAAGCUAACCCCCCUGAGCCGCCGAGGGCCUGAGCUUGCUCGAAACUACCGCUAAUGUUCCUUUGGUUUGGGUAUUUUUUUUUUAUAAUGAAAAAAGCUCCCUCUACCACCUA